CACACCAUCGUGGACGAUUUUAAAAAACCUUCGCCGCGUCAUUGCUUUCGUUUCUUCUCUUCACGGUUGUUUAAUUCCCCAUUGGCACCAUCGUGAUCUCCUCUCUCUCUCUCUCCUCCGUCUUUCCCCCAAUUCUUCUCAAAAACCCUAAUUUAAUCAGCUGAUAAAAUUAAAAAAAAAAAACUUAAACUUUUCUUGAUGGGUCGCGGCUCAGCAACGUCGCUAGCUCCUGGGUUCCGUUUCCACCCGACGGACGAGGAGCUCGUCCGCUACUACCUCAAGCGCAAGGUCUGCAACAAGCCCUUCAAGUUCGACGCCAUCUCCGUCACCGAUAUCUACAAAUCCGAGCCUUGGGAUCUACCAGAUAAGUCGAAGCUGAAAAGUAGAGACUUGGAGUGGUACUUCUUUAGUAUGCUUGAUAAGAAGUACAGCAACGGUUCCAAGACGAACCGCGCCACGGAGAAAGGGUACUGGAAGACGACGGGGAAGGAUCGGGAGAUUCGUAAUGGUUCGAGAGCUGUGGGGAUGAAGAAGACUCUUGUUUAUCAUAAAGGUCGAGCUCCUCGUGGUGAGAGGACUAAUUGGGUUAUGCAUGAGUAUCGUCUUACUGAUGAGGAGUUGAAGAGAGCUGGUGCACCACAAGAUGCGUUUGUGCUGUGUAGGAUAUUCCAGAAGAGCGGGACUGGGCCUAAGAAUGGGGAGCAGUACGGUGCUCCUUAUCUUGAGGAGGAGUGGGAAGAGGAUAAGAUGACGUUUGUGCCAGAGCAAGAUGCUCUUAGUGAAGGAUUGGCUGUUGAUGAUGAUGUUUAUGUUGAUAUUGACGAGAUUGAUGAGAAGCCUGAGAAUCUGGUGGUAUAUGAUGCUAUUCCUGUUCAAACUAAUUAUUGUCAUGGAGAUUCAAGCAAUAAUGCUGAAUCAGGAAACUGUGAAGACUCUGGAAACUACAUUCAACCAGGAAACUAUGCUGUUGACUCCGGUGGUUACAUUAAACAACCAACUGAAACUUUUGAAGAGGAUCAGAAGCCUAUCAUUCGGGAUUGUUGCAUCCAGCCUUGUUCUCUCUAUCCGAAUGAACAAAUUGGGUGUGGUGUGCAAGAUCAGCACGAGGAGAAUAUUGAAACUUCCAACAACAAUGAUUUUGUGGCUGAUCCUUGCUACAGUGACAUUCCUAUUGAAACCAACUAUCUGCCUGACGAGCCGUUCAUGGAUCCUAGCAACAAUCUUCAACUCUGUGAUGAUCUGUACCUGGAAACGAACGAUCUCAGCGGUGGUGGUCUACAAGAUGAUUUCAACUUCGAAGAUUAUCUCAACUUCUUUGACGAUGAGGACGCUCAGAAUUUGACUCUUGGCGUUUCACAACUGUUGGGAUCUCAAGAUGCUCCUCCUGAACAAGAAAGCCUCGACCAGAAGGUAAGCCCUGAAGAAUUGGAGAAGGAGGUGGUGGUGGAGAAAAAGGAAAGCGGCGAAGGGUCUUCCUCAAAACAAGAUGCGGAUGUCACUGACUUCGAUUCAGAUUCAAAGUACCCUUUCCUCAAAAAGUCGAGCCACAUGUUUGGAGUUCCACCUUCAUUUGCUUCCCAGUUCCAAACAAAGGACGCUGCAAUCCGGCUACACGCAGCGCAAUCUUCAGGUUCGGUUCACGUUACUGCAGGUAUGAUCAGAAUAUCGAACAUGACUCCAGCAGUGGAUAGCGACAUGGGCUGGGCAAAUGGGGCAAAUGACAAGAACGGUGACCUCAGCGUGGUACUUUCUUUUGGCUUGGUCCAACGGGAUGAUGCCAUGAGCAAGACAGCAACAAGAGCUAUGUUAGUCUUCUUGUGUUUAUGGGUUCUUUUACUCUCUGUUAGCUUCAAAAUAGUAACCAUGGUCUCUGCUCGGUGAUGGCAUCAAAAAGUUGAAUCGUCUGAAGAAAAAUCUUCGUUGGUGUUUGUACCUCUCUCCAGUUAUAUAGGUGUUACUCUGGCAGUGCUUUGCUGCCCCCCAAAAUUUUUAUUUUUCUUGCAAGGAUUAUGUGUAGCUCGAAUUCUCUUUAAAAGUUUCUAGCCUGAGCUUAUGAGAACAUAUCAUCUCUUUCCUUUA